AUGCCGAAACGUUCCUGGAAUCAAGUCGACGGAGCAGCUUCACAGUCAGCCCGUCGCGGCGCAAACAAAACCUCAAAAACAGACAUCCACAUCAAACCCGGAAGCCCAAGUAGCCCGGACGACGUCAAGGCCAAUUUCUCGCAUCCUCCCACUCCGACAUUGACGGAUGGCGGGUCGGAGCCUCGAUCAGCAAAGUCUGGAUCACGUCAAAGAGCUGCUAGCACUCAUUCGGAUGACAAUGAGCAGAUUUCAUGGCCGUCUAUUACGCGCAAGGUGAAGGCUUGUGCGGCUUGUCGGAAGCAAAAAAUAAAAUGUGACAUGGACGAUGAUCAUCCUCCAUGCAAACGAUGCAAGGAAAGAGGUUUAUCGUGUAAACUCAACAAGAGCUUGCAGACGCUCAUCGAUGAAGAGUCAAGAUGGCGCAAAACAGUCAGCCAUGACCUGACCAUCAUGCACUCCGCACUCGAACAAACGUUGCGCGCAUUGUCACUCCCAUCGCUACCUGCUCUACACACCCCACUACCAGAGCUUGGUGGUCUCCAAGAACCAGAAGCACCCAUCACUCACACAACCGAGUCCAUCACCGCUAGGGAUCCUGAAUAUCAUCGAUUACAACCGGCUCAAGAGACUUCAGCACACAUCCCAAUCGAAUCACUAUACGAACUAACCCGCCUACGCUCCCUACGAGGAGAGACUGUAGAAGAACAACCCUCUAAUCACGACGAUUUCAUCUCCCGCGGGCUGGUCCCCAUCGACGAAGCCGAAAAACUAUUCCAUUUCUACCAAACCCAGCUAGACCCCUACAUCUACGGUCUAGCCAGCAAGUAUAAGACACUGGACAGCCUCCGUCAAAGUUCCUCUUUACUCACAGCCUGCAUCUGCACAGUCGCAGCAUCACAUCAAGCCGGCAAUGGUCAAUUAUACGAAACAUGCAAUCAAGAAUUCCGCCGAUUAGUCUCCGGCUCAAUGUUUGAGCGCCGCGUCGGUCUCGAUUAUUUGCGUGCCUUGGUGAUUGGGUCCUAUUGGUUGAGCGAUGUUUCGUGGACACUGGCUGGUCUGGCAGUCCGACGCGCAAGUGAUAUCAAUCUUCACAAGUUUUAUUACCGGAUUAUUGAUUCGACGAAUGGGUUUGCGCAGACGCCCGAUAGCUGGGAUCCGUCAGACCCUGAAGCCUCGAUUGACCCUGUUCGGUUGUGGUAUUUGUUGUAUAUAUGUGACCAGCAUUUGUCGAUCUUGUACACACGAGCACCCAUGAUCCGGGAAGAUGACACCAUCCGUGGGUGGCGCGCAUAUCUCGAGUCACCGCAUGCUUCGCAGUCGGAUAUACGCAUUUCGUCGCAGGUAGCACUCAUGACAUUGCUAGGCCAGAUCCGCGAGUUCUUUGGUGUUGAUGCAUCAAAGCCCAUUCCUCGCGGCGCCAUGCCUCACAUCAACACAUUCAGCCACCACCUCGAUAAAUGGCUUGCCCAUUGGUCUUCCAAACUCUACCCCAACGAACAUAUCGGCAACUUCCCCUCCAAAGGAAUCCUCCUACAUUACCACUUCGGCAAACUCCAUCUUUACUCUCACGUUUUCCGCGGCCUCAAAUCCGGCGAUCUCAUUGAACACAUCCCGUCCUACUUCAAAGACGCAGCCUCAACAGCCGUAUCCCACGCCACCACCAUUUUGGAAUUGUUGCUCGGCGAUGCCGACAUUCGUCGUAGCAUAAUCGGUGUACCGCAUUACUUCCACACAAUGGUCGCAUUCGCAUGCGUCGUGUUACUCAAAGUCGCGGAUCGGUAUCGAGAUGAUCUCGGCAUCGACGUCGCAACCACCCAUUCCCUCAUUCAGCGUGUGUUCGAUUUUUUCAGACACGUGAAUUGUGGGCAGUAUCAUCUCGUGCCUUGGAUGGCCGAUGGGCUUGCGAAGAUGCUUGCUCAAUCUUCUGCCGCUCAAAGUUCGAGGGGUAGUAUGAGCAGCGGCAGCAUCAACGGCAGCAUUAAUGGUAGCGUCAACAGUAGCAGCUCGCACUCCAACGUCCCCUUAUCAUGGGACAACCAUCAUCAUCAACCCAGAAGUAGGAACAGAGGACUCAACACAAUGAGUCCCUCCCUCGUGCACCACGACUCCGUCGACAACACCCUGUUCAACGGCGUCAGCGAAAUCCCCGAACAACCAUCAUUCUUGUCCCUAGACCCGAACUUCGGUAAUCUCAACGCCGAGGAUGAUGAUCAUCACCAUCAUGGCAUGAUGGUGGGCGGCGGCGGUGCUGGUAUGGGCAGCAGCGGUGCAGGACCGUUUUUGCCGAUGUUGGAUGGUGGUGAUUAUGGGUUGACUGAUAUGAGUUUUAAUUUCGUAUAA